AUGUUUGCAAGAGUUCUGGCACCGUUGGCUGUCGCAAGCUCUUUCUUUACCUGUGUCGUUCCGACUGUCUCGGCAACCCCUACUUCGCCAUUUGACCUCUUCUCUAGGACCCCCGCAGCAGGUAUCGACGUGAAGUCAUUAGCACCGUAUCUCUCUGCCACCGCGAAGAUUUACCUCCCCGAUACGAAGGAGUUUGCUACUUACACCACCCGAUGGUCCAAUCUACAGGCUCCUACGCCGAGCAUUGUGAUCGCACCGGGUACGGAGAAGGACGUCCAGAAGAUUGUCAAGUUUGCGAAUGAUCGCAACAUUCCGUUCCUCACCUACAAUGGCCAUCAUGGGACGCUUACGACCUUGGGCAAGAUGGACUAUGGUAUCGAGAUCUAUCUGCCGCAGUUGAACUCAAUUUCGAUCGCCAAAGACGGAAAGUCAGCGACUAUCGGUGGUGGAGCCAACGUGAAGAACCUGACAGACACUCCGUGGGACGCUGGAAAGCAGACUGUCACUGGCUGCUGCGAAUGCGUCAGCUACUUGGGACCGGCCCUCGGUGGCGGUCAUGGAUGGUUCCAGGGCCAUUAUGGUCUGAUCACCGAUCAGUUCCUUUCCAUGAAUAUCGUGCUCGCAAACGGAGACUUUAGGACGAUCGACAGCAAGUCAGACCUAUGGUGGGGUAUGCAAGGGGCUGGCCACAACUUCGGCGUCGUCACAUCCGUUACCACAAAGGUCUACGACAUCGAGCACUACGACUGGGCGAUUGAGACGAUUGUCUUCAGUGGUGACAAGAUCGAGCAGGUCUAUGAAGCGGCCAACAAGUAUAUUCUUCAAGGCGGGAAGCAGUCCGCGGAUAUUCAUGACUGGACGUACUGGCAAAACGAUGCAAGAUACGAUACCGAGGGGCCGGUCAUCAUCAUUUACAUCGUGCAAGAGGGGGUAACUACUGUCGAUGCCAAGUACACCGCGCCCUUCCACGACAUCGGCCCUCUCGCCGCCACACCCCAGUCCGGCACCUACAAAGAUCUCGCAAAAUGGACGGGUAUCGCGCUCGAAUCGCCUCCAUGCCAGGACUUCGGCUUCAACAACCCUCGCUUCCCGAUCUACAUCAAGUCCUACAAUGUCACCGCGCAGCGCAAAGCCUGGGACCUCUACUCCUCCGCCGUCGCCGAGGCGGACAACCCAUACUACAACUCCAUCUUCAUGUUCGAAGACUACGCCAGUGGCGCUGUACGCGACCGUAGCAGCGAUGCUAGCGCAUUCGGUUUCCGUGACGCCCAUACCCUAGCUGCACCUCUGAUUAUAUACAAUUCGACUGGACAGGCGCAAGACGAAGCCGUCAAGGAGCUCGGCACACAGCUUCGUGAGAUCAUUCGCGAGGGCACAGGGUCUAGUGAGCUACACACCUAUGUAAACUAUGCGUAUGGUGAUGAGGGGCCGGGGGCGUGGUAUGGGCAUGAGGACUGGAGGCAGAAGAAGCUGAAAGCGCUCAAGAGGAAGUAUGAUCCCAAGGGGAAGUUUAGUUUCUAUGCCCCUAUUGCGUAG